AUGGCGCUGCUCGAAAAUUGCUUGACCUACACAAGACGAAGAGGAAGAAUAUCCAAGAAGGGGGCCACAACGUUGGUGGAUCCCACGGCUAUGUUAUAUCCUGACGACUCAGAGCAACGCUGCUACACGAUCAGCGUCCCAUCACACUUUCAGCUGGCGCUGAACGGUUCUCAACCUGAUCAGCGGGAGCUGAUCCCUUGGAAGCCAACAUAG